UAGUACAGCGCUCAGCGAGUGUCGGACGCUCGGCUUCGCAGUCGACGACCUUAGUAUUCUUCGUUUAUUUUCUUUUCUAUUCGUUUAAUUUAUCGCUCGAACCUCACGGCGUUAUAAACAUGAAAUGUGUCGUCGUCAGUGAGUGAAUUUCGGGUGUUACCGUGUUUACUGAAAUUUUAUUUUGACAGUUCACGUGCGGAAUCAAAUUAUUACCGGUUCCGGAGUUUUCAAGUGUUUAUUAUACAUACACGGCCUUCAUUUGCCGCGGAUAGAGCCGGCAGAUCGUCAAAAAGGUGAGCUAGUGGUUUUCAUAGUGGCAUUAGUAAGGAAUUCUCGUGGGAACAACUUGUAAAGUUCAUCCGGUGAUUCGGUGUUUUGUGGUCGUUGUUAGAAAAAGUUAUAACGGAUAUCUUCCAGUAGGAUUUAUCUCGGAAACUUGUGUGAAGUGCGUGUGCCGGUUGAGUGAAAUCGGUGGUGCUUACAACUUAGAACAUAACCUUAUUCGAACGGGGCGCGUGUUGCACGGGCAUGCGCAGUACGGGUCAUUGGAAUUAUUAAUAAGUUACUUACAAUUUUAUAAACAAACAUUCAACUGUGUGCUUACCUGGUGUCGUGGUGCGUUGCUAAUAAGAACCGCACGCAGUGUCCGCGGAGAACAGCGCGGUUCAUCCUGUCGACUGAUCAUAAACAUUUGUGGAUUUUUAAAUCCAGGAUAACGUUCACCUGUGGGAUUUCGGUGUAUUACCUGCGCGCGCACCGGACUUCUUUACAAAGGUUGGCGCAACUAUGAUGUCCUGUCCCCUACCACUGCCGCUGUUGCCGGCACUGCAUCCGCAACCAGCAUUGGCCUCGGACUUCCCUAUUCACAUUGGAAUUAAGAGAGGCUCCGACGAGCUUCUUUCGCAGAGUGGCGUCACCGUCAUGGCGCCCGCCGCUCCGCAUCACGCCGACAACAACAACCAGGACUCAGCUGCCAAGAAGGUGAAACUGGAACAGAAUGUGGGCAAACCAUCCCGCGUCAUUCACAUACGGAACAUACCCAAUGAGACGACAGAAGCUGAGAUCAUACAACUUGGCUUGCCAUUCGGAAGAGUUACGAAUGUGCUCGUGCUUAAAGGCAAAAAUCAGGCAUUCCUCGAGAUGGCGGAGGAGAUAUCGGCGGUGGCCAUGGUGGCGUACUUCGGCGGAUGCGUGGCGCAGUUACGCGGGCGUGCUGUCUAUGUACAAUUCUCCAACCACAAAGAGCUCAAAACAGACCAAACACACAGCAACGCCGUGAGUGCCUUGCCUCAUUCAAUUUCGGCGUCGGCGCAAGCGGCGUUACAAGCUGCACAAGCAAUAUCAAAUAGUGCGGGUGCGGCGCUCGUAGCCGGCGCCGGCGCAGCCUUGCAACCUGCAAACGGUGGCACAGAAAUACAGGGUGGUCCUAACACAGUACUGCGUGUGAUCAUAGAACACAUGCUGUACCCCAUAGUUCUCGAUGUUCUUUACUCUAUCUUCCAGCGGUAUGGAAAGGUGCUCAAGAUUGUCACAUUUACUAAAAAUAAUUCAUUCCAAGCCCUAAUCCAGUAUCCGGACACUCUAUCAGCGCAAACUGCAAAAACGGCUUUGGAUGGACAGAACAUCUACAACGGUUGCUGCACACUCCGCAUCGACUACUCAAAGAUGACCUGCCUUAAUGUGAAAUACAACAAUGAUAAGUCCCGGGACUACACCAAUCCGACGCUGCCUUCGGGUGACAGCGACGCCCAUCAACUGUUGACCAGUGGUGGAGUGUUAGCACCUCAGUUCCUGGGACUUGGCUCAGGUCUAGCUUCACCGUAUGGUGUUGGCGUCGGUGGAGUAGGCUUACCGGCAUUUGGAGCAUUGACCCUGACCCCGGCAUCUCCUGCUCUUCGAGCGCUCGCUGCUCCCCCGCUGCCCCUCGCUACAGUACUCCUUGUAUCUAAUCUAAAUGAAGAGAUGGUCACGCCUGACGCUCUCUUUACCCUUUUCGGCGUGUAUGGUGAUGUGCAACGGGUGAAGAUCCUCUACAAUAAGAAGGAUUCAGCAUUGAUUCAAAUGGCAGAGCCUCACCAGGCUCAUUUGGCUAUGACACACAUGGACAAGUUACGAGUGUUCGGCAAGGCGAUGCGCGUUAUGCUCAGCAAACACCAGACUGUGCAGUUACCUAAAGAGGGACAACCGGACGCGGGACUUACUAGGGAUUAUUCUCAGAGCCCGCUUCACAGAUUCAAAAAGCCUGGCAGCAAAAACUAUCAGAAUAUUUACCCACCAAGCGCCACAUUACACCUAUCGAACAUUCCAGCAACCGUGUCGGAAGAUGAUAUCAAGGAUGCGUUUACCAAACGGGGAUUCACAAUUAAGGCGUUCAAAUUUUUCCCGAAGGACCGCAAAAUGGCAUUGGUGCAGCUCCCAUCAAUCGACGACGCAGUCGCGGCGCUUAUCAAAAUGCACAAUUACCAAUUGUCAGAGUCGAACCACCUAAGAGUGUCUUUCUCCAAAUCUAGUAUCUAAACGGAUCGACCACGUUGCAGCGUCUUCGGAAUAUCACACUGUUGUCACGCGUCCACGCAGACUCAAACUUCUGCUUGUCAUGGCCUCAAGAAACAAUGCCUUGUCUCACUUCGGCUGUAAUUCUAAUAGUGACUUAUCGGCACACACUUGACUGUCAGUGAACACACACAUUGACGCGUUGACAAUACUUCUGUACCUCUCACAGAAUCGAGAAUUUUGCUCGACUGAAAAUUUAAAUAUAUCUGUAUUACGCUUACUCGGAACAGUAUAGGAAUUAAGUGCUACUCUAUUUUCUUAAUACGAUCGUUCUACUGUUACUUGUACAUCAUAAUCUAAGAUACUAUCAUCAUCACAUUGUAAGUACGGCAGCUAAAUAGCGUUAUAUUUAAUGAACGCGACUAUACUGUUGCAUUUGAGAGGAUCUUUUUUUAUUGUGUGAUAUUCAUUCCAUACAUUAUCUAUAUUAACAUAAUUUUAUUUUUUUAUGUACUUGCAAUUAUUUCCAGUAAUUACAAUAUAAUUAUUAUGAAAUUUGUCAGCACUGCAAUUAGAUUGCGCUAGGUUUGUUUACAUUUGGCAAAGUUGAUUGCAAUGUUAAACAUUGCCUCGGUUAUUUGUGGUUAUUUGUAUGACUGACUUUGAAUGCCACCAUAAAUUUUAUAUUCAUCACUAUUAUAAUUAAAUUGUUGAAAAAUGUUUCUACUUCACAUAUAAUUUGCAGUUAUUACUCUAAAAUUAUAUUUUAUAAAUAUAUUUUAUUCUCUAUUUUAACAUGCACAAUUUACUAUAUUAGCAUUUUUAUAAGUAAUUAUUAUAUCAUAUAGUUUUGUACGCAUACACAUUUUUCUCUUAUUUUAUUAUUACUGGAAUGUUACGUUUAGAAAUGUGUAUGUGUGUGCAAUAUUAGUUUUAGAAAUAAUUUUAAAUAAUAUAUUUUAGUUCUUGCAUGCUUCCAACUCGUUUCAUUGUUUAGGUGAAUAUUGUCUAUUUAGUUUCAGUGCUUCUUGACUAUUAGUUAGUGUAAUCACAACUCUAUUGCUAAGCAUCUAGAUUAUAUAUCACUGUUUAAACGUUAUGUUCGGUGACAUAAUAGUGACAUGAUGCAUUUAUUUCGGUGUUAAUUUAUAUUAAUAAUAAAUAGUAGCUACAACAUACUAUAAAUGCUCGUGCAUACAUUUCACUAAGCAGUUAAUUAUAGAUAAUUAUUUAUUUAGCCUCUGGUCGGAAGCUAUGGUCGCGCAGUGUGGGUAAUAUCGCGAUGACGUAUUUUUUAGAAUAAUUUUCAGUAUAUUAUUAGGAUGUAUCCACACUGUAGCCAUCGGAGUUGCGGCGGCAAUUUAAAGUAUUAGAGAGAUCUGAUGUGCUCUAUCACGUAUGUAAUCAGCAGUAUUUAUUUACACUAGGUCACAAUAACUACGUUAUGAAACAGUAUUUUAGUUAACGUAAUAACUCUCCAAUACACACUUCAUUUUGUAUAUAGACACACUCCGACUUCGUUGACCUUAAUAUGCAGUCGUUAGUCAAGUGGUUCCUUAUAUAAAAUUUAUCUUAUUAAAUUGUUUAAAUCUAGAACAUGAUUAAAACUAUGAAUUGCAAAAGGCAUUAAUUUUAUUGUUUUUAAAAAUAUUAUAUAUUUAAUAAUAAUGAAAAUGGCAAGAUUUAUUUUUUAUUUUAAAAACUGAAUAUAUAAACAUAUAUGAAUGAAAUUGUUUAAAAAAGUGCCACUUUUCUACGUCUGUUUAUUAAGUUUUUCACGCUUCCUUGGACUAUCUGAGUUCUAGAUUGGAUUUCACACAUCUUUGCCUUCUUAAAUUAAUUAAAAAUGCGUCUAGUCCAAUGCAAAAGAGAUUAAGUUUGUGGGUUAAGAUUUUACUUUAUGAGAAAAAAAUAUCUUGUAAUUCGUCUCAAAUUUUUAAACUCUGGUAGGAAAAGCUUUUGUAAGAGAAUGUUAUUUAUUGUAAUAUAAAGUUGGUCUUAGAGGGAAUCUCCAAGGAAAUCUAUGCUCUAACUGCUAGGACCAGUUUUAAGUGUUCAGUUCACACGUCCAGUUUAUGUGAUUAGGCAAAGCAUGCGUGAAACAGAUACCUGAAUUAUGACGAAUUAGGAAAACAAUGGCCAUUCGCAAGCGAUAUCCAAUGUAAUCAUUUUACAAUCAUUGUAUCUAUAAUGUUUUUUCUUACCUGGCCUGUUUAGUGAACAAUUAUGGCGUACCUUUUAAAAAUUGUAUAUGAUUAAUAAUAAUAAAUUAACACAAAAAUCUUUUUACGCGACUUUAUAAACGAGCAUAUAUUUAAAUCUCUUGAUUGUUUUCGGCUAUAUUUUUCUUCGCCAAUAAUGCAUAGUUUUUAUUUUAUUUUAUAUUUCAUUCCGUAAGAUUUACUCCUGUGUCGUCCCGAUAUAUUUAGAUUUUAUCACGAUUUUAAUAACUUCUUUGUCAAAUAAAAUAUUAUUAUUUUAGCAAUUUAUUAAUUAUAUAGUAUUAUUUAUUAUACAAGUUGUUUUCUAAAUACGUCAAGUAAGAAAAAUCAAUAUAGAAUGAACAUUAAUAUUACUAUGUAAGUUUUAAAGUAUUAAGUCAUUACAAUACAUACAUAUCUUGACAAUGCCACUGUUGGUACUACAGUAAGGUAUGAAAGAGAAUACGAGGGUUGUUUAACGGGGGGAAAGAAUAUAGCGCAUAAUGUGGCACAAACCUUAGAUAAGAAAAUUGAUGAAAUGAACACUGUAUAACAGAUUUCAUUCGUUCGUUUUAUCAAACAUAGCCGAUAUACUAAAAACUGGUUAAAAACAUAUAAUUUCAUUUCCUCUUAAAAAUCAAUUUGAAGUCAUUAAAAAAAAUCACAUAUUUACACUAUUUUAAUGUAUAUUAUACAUCACGUACCGUAUAUAAAUAAAAUAUAGAGCUUAAUAAGACGAUUAAAACUGAAAAAAAAAAGAUAGAAUGUCAUUACGAUGUAAGAAUAGAAAAAUUAUCAUACAAAUUGUAUUAAUCAGUACCUACAUUACUAUAAGGACAUAAAAAGUAGUUAUUUGGUUUAGAUAAUGUUAGGUGACCAGGGUGUGGUGAUAUUUUGCACGUUUUUGAAAAUGUUUUUCUAAUAAGGUGCAGGAUUCUGUGCCUGUAUUUUGAAAUGAUGUGAAAAGUGGUUCGCGAUUGGUGGCGGUUUGUGUGCGGUGAGAACGGCAUCGCAUUUGUAAUUUUAAAUUAUUAUUACGUAUUUAAUUAAAUGGAAAUCACAAAGAGGAGAUUACAUAUCCACUGUAUUCAGCGUAGGACGCUACACACAUGCCGACGUGCUCUAGUAGUGCGUCACUGUAAUAUUGUCUCAACGAUUCAAGUGCUUAAUGCUCAAGACAGAGUGGGACAGCAAAUGUGUGUAACGUUUCCAGGCCUAAAUUAUUUCUCAGUAACAUUGGUAUUGACUAAUAGAUAAUUAUAGGGAUUUAUGUGUUUAGAGAAGUAUUUUAAAUAUUUAGAUAAUAAUGGUAAUAUACUAUUAAAAAUAAUAAAUAGAUCAGUGUUUAGGAUGAGAUGCCAAAUUUAAAGUCAAUACACAUUAUUUUAGGUAAAAGGUAAUUGAGGUAAUCUUAACAUUUAUUGAAAAGUUGAUGAAAAUGUUACAGUUAAAUUAUAUUUGAGAGUUUUAUUAAGCGCAAUAUAUGCAAUUUUAUUCAUUGUAAGUGAACAUUGUUUCAAUUUGUUAGUUAAAGUUAUGCGUUAAAAAGUUGUGAGAGUUGUUUUCGAAUGUCUUCAUGAAUCGAUCGCUAAGUACUGCGCUGACGCGAUACCUUUGUAUGUAUGUGCGUCGACAAUCGACAGUCGGCUAGUUCCCAUCGUCUCCCUUGCGUUUCACAUAAAACAUAUCUCUGCAUAUCAUUCUGUAUAUGCUUUUUUUAUUGCGCUUUAUAUUUAUCUCUUAUAUUAGCUGUACUUGGUAUUUAGUAUUUCACAAAAAUAUGCAUAAAGGCCAACAUAUCAAUACAUAGAGAUUUGGCUAAGGCGCAUGUAUCAUAAAACUUUUAUAUCCUUGAAUUCCGUUUGUAAAUGUUGUCUCCUUUUAUUAUCGCAAAGGCGGUUAUUUUCUAUAUGUCAUUGUGUUUUUAAAAAUGUUUUAAAAUGUCGUCAUCCUAUUUUCUUAUUUUAAUAUUAAGCCUUUUGUGUGUUUAAUUUCAUUCUUAUUUUAAUUUCAUUAUAAUUAAACUAUUAUUAUCAUU